CUGGCUUGGACCUCUCUGCACAAUACUGGUUCUUGUAACUGGAUAUUUUUUGCCAGGGUGGAUGUGGCUCAGCCUCCAGGAGUGUAUUCUGCACAUCACACCUCCCUCCAGCUGUCAAACAUAAAGGUUCAGAGACCAGACACACCUAGCACAUAGUCUCCCUGGUAGCUGCCCUCCCUCAUCACACCACUAAGCCAGAGCUAGGAAAACACUUCAAUCCGCAUCGCAGCUCCUGCAACCAGCAUAUACCCUCUACUACUCAUCAGACAACAUGGACCUCAAUCUGGCUGCAGCUGACCCCAAGAAACAUGGAGGGGUAAAAAAAGAUUCCCACGGUGACGUGAAGCAUAAACAUGGGGACCACGGCCAUGCACACGGCCAUCAUGGAGGAGACCACUGUAAAGGACACAAGGGGGAACAUGGACACACCAGUGAUUCUAGUUCCAGUUCAAGUGAUAGUGAAUGUGACGGAAAGAAACAUGGAGAAGGCCAUGAGCACAAGAAAAAGGAAAAGAAAGUGCAUAAGGACAAGAAGCCCAAAGACAAGAAAAAGGAGAAAAGUGAGAAGAAGCACUAAUCCGAGAAUGUUUAUAUUGGUAAUAAUACAUUUGUAUCCUAAAGAGCUAAUGUGAUUUAUUGCGCCUGCAA